CUGGGCUGUCACCGCGGCAUGGUAUGCUUCGAUCCUUCGUCCGUAUUGUAGCAAGAGCCAUGGCUUCUCCGGAACCCAAGCGCGUGCCAAUUCCAAAGAAUGGCGUCGAUUACCGCGGCAAAGUCGUUCUUGCGCCAAUGGUGCGGUCCGGGGAGUUGCCUUCGCGGUUACUGGCGCUGAAGUAUGGGGCGGAUUUGGUGUGGGGCCCAGAAACCAUCGACCGCGCAAUAAUAGGCACAACCCGCCGCCUCAACCCGCAUACCUCCACGAUCGAAUUCUCCCGCCUGCCUACGUCCAAGAUAAAGAACCCCGCGCUGGAUCCCGAGAAACGCGAGAGCGUCAUCUACCGCAUACAUCCUGAGCUCGAGAAGGGAAAACUGAUAUACCAAAUCGGCACCGCAAACCCAGACUUGGCCGUACAAGCAGCGAAGAUAGUAGCCCCAGAUGUGGCAGGAAUCGAUCUAAACUCAGGCUGCCCAAAGCCAUUCUCAACAGGUGGCGGCAUGGGCGCGGCGCUCCUUAAGACGCCAGAUUUACUCUGCAACAUCCUGACAAGUCUAGUGGAAGAGGUGGGCAAGGUGUACGAGAUAGGGAUCAGCGUCAAGAUACGGCUCUUGGACAAACCGGAGGAUACAGAAGCUUUGGUUAGGAGGCUAGUGACAACGGGCAUCACGGGCUUGACCGUGCAUUGCCGGACAACACCUAUGCGGCCCAGGGAAAGGGCGAUAAGAGCGCAGCUCAAGAUGAUCGGGGAGGUGUGCAGAGAGGCGGGUGUCGCGUGCCUUAUGAACGGCGACGUGACUUCAAGGAUGGAGGCGCUGCAGCUGGCCGAGGAGUACGGUGUCGACGGGGCGAUGAUCGCAACUGAGGCCGAGAAGAACCCGAGCUGCUUCAGGCCGGAUGCAGAAGGCGGACCACACGAGUGGCGGUCGCAGUGGAAGACAGUGGUGACCGAGUACAUGCGUUUUGCGCUGCAGGUGGAGAACCGAUGGGGCAACACCAAAUAUCUCCUUGGCCAGAUGAUUCCCGGGAAGGCGAAGUGCUAUCAGGACAUGAAUCGGUCGAAGUGCUACGCGGACGUCAUCAAGGCACUGGACCUGCAAGAUGUGGAUAACAUGCUGGAGCAGGCGAAGGCUGUGGAUGAGCGGUUAGGGAUUCCACCACAAGAAUCGCGGGCUUCGAAAAAGGCGCGGGUGAGGGAGUCCAAACAGGAAGAGACGAAGAAAGAGGUGGAUGAGAAGAAAGAAAAGCGGGUGGGAGAAUUCGUGGAAGGACAGAACGCUAAACGCGUCAAGCUUCCUGAAGCUGCACCUGAGAUCCCGGUCGUCCCACAGGACAUGACCGCUCCAGCCGCGCUCAGUGUAUAAUUUAGAAGAACGGCUGCCUGGCAUUUCUUCCUGCAUAGCGUAGGAACUGUGGUGUUAAGGGCAUUUUCAGGGAUGAUGGCAGGUCCUUUUGCAAGCAUUUAGCUCCGGCAUAUGAGCUGAUCAUCUCGGGUACACAAUGAUAGAACAUUUGUUACACUCUCC